AUGGGGGGGACACGUUUGUGUGUGGGGGUUCUGGGCCCCAGCGAGGGCCUCUCGCGGUUACGGCGUGCCGCUCGCCUUCCUGAAAAACUCCAGAAGCCGCGUGCCCCGGACCCACUCACACACACACGCACACGCUGGGGGAGGAGGGCCUUCUGCGGGCACGGCGUAGAAAAGAGGGAGGGGCUCGCGGGGCUGCGGCCGCCAACGGGACGGCGUGCAAGGCGCUGCGUGUUGCGGGCGGUCCCGGCGUCGCGUCCCGGGGAGGGGCUUAGCGAUGUGGGCACCGCAGGAGCCUUCAGGCUGAGAGGGUGGACGGACGCAACGUGCGGGGAGUUGCGCGGGAGCGGCGGCCGAAGACGCUCUGCUCUUGGGCGCCUCCUUUUUUUAUUGUUUUGUGGGUUCCCGGCGGGGGAGGAGUUUGUUGGGCUGCGGUUUGCUGCGGCGGAUACGCAGCACAACACUACCGCCAGCGCAGCGCAGCAGCGGCCCGGUGAGUGGAGGACGAGGUGUAUAUUUUUACUGGCUGGGAAAACUGUUUCCGAUGAGUGUUGGUGGGGGUGUUGUUUGCGUGCAGCGUGCGGGGA